CUCCCACUCCUCGUCGUCCCCGUCGUCGCUGCCGACGCCACCGAGGGGAGAGAGAGGGGAAGCAACCGACGGCCAUGGGGAGGACUCCGUGCUGCGACAGCAAGGGGAUCAAGAAGGGCCCGUGGGCGCCCGAGGAGGACAAGCUGCUCGUCGACUUCGUCCAGGCCAACGGGCCAGGCAACUGGCGCAUGCUCCCCAAGCUCGCGGGUACGUGCUCGGCCAGCCUCUCGAGCUGGUGCAUGUGUGAUCUGGUUGUUUCGUUGGCUCGUUCAGUUCUCGAGCUAUCUGGGCUGAUGAGGCAACGCGAUGCGCUUGCAUGCAGGGCUGAACCGGUGCGGCAAGAGCUGCCGGCUCCGGUGGACCAACUACCUGCGCCCGGACAUCAAGCGCGGGCCUUUCACCACCGAGGAGCACAAUUCCAUCCUCCAUCUUCACGCCAUCGUCGGCAACAAGUGGUCCAUGAUCGCCGCGCAGCUGCCGGGCCGGACGGACAACGAGAUCAAAAACUACUGGAACACGCACCUCAAGAAGCAGCUCCGUCAGGAGGCGCUCGUCGGCGCGGACGCCGCCGCCGCCGCCCAGCUCGCCUCCGCGGCGACCGCGUCCUCCUGCCCCGCUGCGCGCCACAUGGCCCAGUGGGAGACCGCCCGCCUAGAGGCCGAGGCGCGCCUCUCCCUCCUCUCGUCCUCGGCCGCCACGACGGUAACCUCCGCCACGGCCGCCUCCUCGUCGUCGUCCACCGCCGCCGCCGAGCACGAGGCGGCGCCGGACAUCUUCCUGCGCCUCUGGAACUCCGCGGUCGGCGAGUCCUUCCGCUGCUCCGCGCAGGGACAGGGCGCAGCCGCAGCACGUGGUCCGGCGGCGGCGAGCGCGGCGGAAGCCGGUGCGCCGGCGGCGCUGCCCAGCGGCGGCGGCGGCGACGACUCCUCGGCCGCGUCGACCAACGGGACCGAGGCGGCGGACGACUACCAGGCGUUCCUGGACAUGGCGGUGGAGGAGUUGGCGCUGCUGCACGGCCGGCUCGGCGUGUCGUUCUCGGCGUUCCCGCCGGCCGACGUGCUCGCCGAGGCGUCCUGCCUGUUCGCGCCGUUCGAGUGACUUGAGCCCGCUAAGCUAGCGCCUAGCACCUCUCGUCAUCACCAAUCAGCACCGUACCAGAGUAGUAGUCUACGUAUCGCAUGGGGCGUUGCUUGCGUACGCGUACGUACAUACACAUGUAGUACACUUGCUACACCACCCGCAUGUCUUUUUGGCGGUGAUGGCGUGUGUACGUGCCUGUACGCGACGAGCUGACACGCAUGCUGGAGCUUGCGUGUGGUGGCAGUACGUAGUCUCUGUAGUGUAGCAGUAGUCUGUGCCCUGGAGCAAGAGGUUUUUGCGACUGCUCUAGGCAGCUACAGCUGUGGCAUUGUGCUCUGGUGAAUGCUGUGGAAUUUGAAUACUUUUGCGUAUGUGUGUGUA